AAACAAGUUUAGUAAGUGCAAAACUGUGCAUUAUGUUUCAAACGCCGUGGAAUAUUUGAGUUUGUUGAAACGCGUUGAAGAAACAUCAAGUUGAAAUGAAAAACACCACUGGAGUCAUCAACGUAAUCAGAAACGACGGGCGACAUAUUGGAUAAUGAUGCCUGUUCCUUGUUGACCGAGUGCUUUGCAUUCAAGUUUAAUGAUCCGGAACGACGAUAGGAGAAAUUACGACUUAUAUCGGACAGUACCGACUCUGUAAUGGGAGCGAAAUUUAUGUAACCUGAUGAGUGUUAGUUUAUUACGUCAUGGUAUGAGGGAACCGAACAGUUUGGAGGAAGUUACGCCUGUAAGGCUUAACACUUCCGAGUUGCGAAUAAUGGCUCUACGGCAACAGCAACAAAUCGACACCCAGCAGCAACUACUGGCUGCGCGAGAGCAACGUCUACGCUUUCUAAAAGCCCAGGAAGCAUGUGAAACCGUUGCGGCAGCAGAAGGGGAGCGUCUGCGCAGGCUUAGAGAACGAGUAGAAGCACAGGAAUCUAAACUACGCAGACUGCGGGCAUUACGAGGACAAGUUGAUUUGCAGAAAACGUAUAAUGUUACUCUCGGCAAUGAUUUGGAUUCAAUACGUGCACUCUUCAGUGAGAAAGAAAAGGAAUUGACGCUGGCAGUGGCAAAAGUUGAAGCUUUAACCAGGCAACUCGAAGAGCUUAGGCGCGACAGAAGAGGCACGUUGAACUUAUUUACUGGUCUACCGAGUCAUGCACAGAUGAACAGUUCGCCAGCGGCCAUAGAAUUAGAGAAGCUAAGAAGAGAGCUUAUGUAUCGAAAUCAACUGUCUUUACAACAGGAUGCAAGACUCCAUUUGCAACGCGAGGCUUUACAGAAGCGUCAAGCAGAACUUCAAUCAGUUGACCAGCGAAUCUUGGAAUUGCAGGGUCGUUUGAACAAAAAGAGAGCAUCCAAUAUGAUCCAGCAUCAGCAAACCUCUCCGACGCAGAUGACUCAUUCUAGCAACAUUUCGGCAAAUCAUGUUCGGUCGGUUUCGUCAAACUUUUAUCCUCAGCAGAGAGUACCGAGAAGCAAUAUCGUUGCUGUCGAACCAUUCAAUCACAUACCACAAAAAACUGUGGCAUUGGGUAAUAAUGGAAAUAAGAUGAAUAUUUUGAACAACAAUUCAACGGCACCGAAUCAAGUGGUGCACGAUAUGGCAUGUAAUAAUAAAAUACAGCAUGGUCGUCAAUUAUCUGCCGAAGUAAUCAGCAACUCAAAUUUGAAUGACCAUAACAUGGCUGCAGAAAGUGAUGAGAAUAAAUUGGCUAGACAGAAGAAACAAGAGUAUGUACUUAAAAGCGUUGGAAUGGAAUACGAUAAUGAUGCAAAAUUCUCAAACAUGCAAGUCUCACAGUCCUCUUCAGGUGAACAAAUGAAUAACAAUAAAGCAACAUAUGCAGAACGAGAAGUUCAAAACGACGAGCUUAUUUUAAACAACAGAUACAGUUAUAAUCAAGAUCAUAUCGACAAUAACAGAAACAUUUGUUCAAGUAACAGCGACACACUAGAACUGUCUAAUACAAACGAUUGUGACAGUGAUAAAGUUUCUGAUAUGAACGGCGGAUUUUCAUCACGUGCACAAGUAACGGCAACCGUCCACAGUACGCCGUUAAGUUUUAUGAACAAAUCUGUCGCUCUUCCCGUUACACUGUCUUCGAAUCAAUCCAUAUCAAAUGAAGAGCAUAAUCAACAGCACCUCAAAUCCAAAACGUUGCAAAGUAAUAGCAAAGGAUUUGCAUACGGUUUACUCCAUAACAUUCCAUCCGGGAAUCUGGUGGUACCACCUCGGAAACCAAACAACGGGUCAUCUCCAAUGAUGUCUGGAAAACAGUUAUCCUCAGAUAUCAAAAUUAAUAAAGUUACUCCCCAAAUGCAGAAUCAACACAUAUCUCAACCUACAGACAAUGGUGAAAAGCUAAAACCUGCUUUACCACCAAAACCCAAUAAAAAUAAUACUCAAGCACCGGAAAUGGACACUGGUCUAAAAUCGACUACGGAAAACAGCAAUAAUAAUGAAACUAUGUCCUCAGGCAGCAACAUUCCAUCUAAAUCUGGUACCGUGAAUCCCUCAGACAAUCUACCUAUUAAAGCCAAACCAUUGACUAUUAAAAAAUCACCCCAUUCCGAACAACCCAGAUUGAAACAUAUUUCCAGUAGCAUGAACACAUACAAAGUUCAGCACUCUGGAGCGCAUCGCAUGCUGGAGAUGCAGUCUUCCUCCUAUGCGUUGCCGGAGGUGGUAAGAUCUACCGAGGGAUCGGAUUCACAGCUCAUUACUGACGCGGAAAAAAGUAACCAACAACUGGAGUACAACAAUCAAGUCCAACGUAAUACUGCCCAGAAACGUUCAAACGUUGACAAUUCAUCGGAAAGCAGUGUUGGAAAUGAGGAAUCUCAAUCACAGGAUAAAAAGCUAGAGGAAGUAUCUCGGCGAAAACGCAGUUUCAUAUCAGCUGUAAUCAACGACGGCAAGAUUAAACUGGCCCGUCGUGUCAGCUUCGACCCGUUGGCUUUGCUAUUAGAUGCUAGUUUGGAAGGUGAACUGGAGCUUGUGCAGAAGACUGCGUUACAGGUACCAAAUCCAAGUGCAGCGAACGACGAAGGGAUUACUGCGCUACAUAAUGCCAUUUGUGCUGGUCACGUGGAAAUUGUAAAAUUUCUGGUAAAUUUCGGUUGUGACGUCAAUGCGCAGGAUUCCGAUGGGUGGACCCCAUUACACUGCGCUGCCAGUUGCAACAAUCUCUCGAUGGUGAAAUUCUUGGUUGAAUCUGGGGCUUGUUUGUUUGCAGCAACCCUAUCGGAUCAUGAAACACCCGCAGAAAAAUGCGAAGAAGAUGAAGAAGGCUUUGACGGCUGCUCGGAAUAUUUAUACAGUAUUCAAGAAAAACUUGGAAUAUUGAAUAGCGGAGAAGUCUAUGCAGUAUUUUCAUAUGAUGCUCAGCAACCAGAUGAGUUGAGUUUUUCGGUAAACGAUAAGCUUACCAUAAUACGUAAAGGAGAUGAAUCAGAACGAGAGUGGUGGUGGGCAAAAGAUUGCAAUGGAUGCGAAGGAUAUAUUCCCAGAAAUUUAUUAGGGUUUUAUCCACGUGUAACACCAUGUAGCGACAAUUACAUUGAAUAGCACGAACAUGAAGGAAAAUAUCAAUAUCGAUCCAUGUGAACGUAUGUGUUUUAAAGAUCCAUAGAGCAAGUUGUUGAAAGAUACAAACUACAUGAUCAAAAUAAAUAUUUUGUAGCUCAUAA